AUGUCUGCCCCUACGAACCUCCCGCAAAACUUCGCUCUCAUCCGCAAGGACACCGGCAUCGCCACCCUCCAACCUCGCCCCAUCCCCACUCUCGCACCAGACUACCUCCUCGUGCGCACAGUCGCCAUAGCCCUCAACCCAACGGACUGGACGACCCUCGACGCCCCCGGCCUGCCGGGCUCAGUCGUAGGCUGCGACUACGCCGGCGUCGUCGAAGCGGUCGGGUCGGAAUGCAGGGAUCGCUGGAACGUCGGCGAUCGUGUCGCGGGGUUCGCGCAUGGUGGGAAUGAUUCGAACCACGAAACGGGCGCUUUCGCGCGGUUUAUUAUUGUCAAGGGGGCUUUGCAGAUGAAGGUUCCGGAAGGGGUUGGGUUUGAGGAGGCGGCGAGUGUCGGGAGUGGGGUUGCGACGACGGGGUAUGCGCUUUAUCAUGUUGCGGGGUUGCCGUGGCCUGGGGAGGAGCGAGGGGAGGGAGACGGGGAGCCGAUUUUGAUCUAUGGGGGGAGUACGGCGACGGGGACGAUGGCGAUGCAGUUUGCUCAGAUGUCUGGGAGGAAAGUCUUGACGACCUGCUCCCCGAAACACUUCGACCUGAUGAAAAGCCGCGGUGCACACGCCGUGUACGACUACCACACCCCCAACAUCGGCACCCAAAUCCUCUCCGACACCCACUCCACCCUCACAACCACCCUCGACUGCAUCGCCAUCGCCUCCUCCGCCCAAAUCUGCGCAACAGCCACAGGCCCCCAAGGAGGCACCUACAUCAACCUCCUGGGCAUCGACUCCCCCCGACCAGACAUAACAUCCAUCUUCUUCCUAGGCUACGCCCUGACAGGCGAAGACUACAUUUUCGAGGGCGAGUUCUACGCGAAAGAUUUGGAGGUGCAUGCUUUUGGGGUAAGGUGGAUGGCGUUUGCGGAGAGGUUGUGGGGGGAGGGGAGGUGGGUUGCGCAUCCAAGGGUUUUGAAGAGUGGGGGUUUGAGGGGGGCGUUGGCGGGGAUGGAGGAGAUGAGGAGGGGACGGGGGCCGAGUGGGGUGAAGUGGGUUUAUUGGGUUGAGGAGACGGGGUGCGAGGGGGAGUAG